AGCGGUUCCAAAAUGAUGCCAAAGUUGAAAUGAAGGAGAGGGAAAACGAAGAGCUUUGUAUACAUAUGCUAUUAAUCGAUGGUGAUAUUAUGGUUGUCAAAUUAGUAAUAAAUUUCACCACCUGAUAGCGUACCUGUAGGAUCGUAAGGAGUAUAGCACCUUAACGUUAUCAUCAAUUUCGCUCGGAAAGUGAUUGUACAGUCGUUAGUUUUUUGUAAUGCAACACGACGUCUGAUCAGUUGCAGUUAAAUAGAUGAUACAAGGACUCGAAAGGACGACCGCACAUUGGAUGCCCAAGUUCGAAACCAUGAAUUGGUUGGAAAAUUAAGCUUGAAUUGAAUCAGAGAUAUGCUUAAACUAUAUAUUUUGCCGUUAGCUUAGAAAAUCGCGAAUAAGUAAUAAAAAUAUGGUACCGACAAUGGACGUAGCCAAGUAUGCAGCUGUUCAUAGCGGAAGUGCCGAUGGCGCAAAGCAAAACUGUGAAGGGAAACAAAACUGGGCACGAAUAAAGAGAACGUGCGAUGUAGUUGUGUUUCAAUAGCUAACAGGCAGCGAGUUGUGGCGUUCGCGAUAGUGGCAGUUAGAUAUGGUAAACCAGCUGUGCAGAAACCAACCAUAACUGGUUACCGUACGCACAGUCUGGUCACGGAAAAUAGCAAGAAAACAUAAGUUUCGUGCGUUAGUCUUCCCACGGAGAGGAAGGAAAUAUUGAAACGAUGGUGGUUUGUAAAAAAUGUCAUAUGUUGUUGGUUGUAGCUGUAAGUUUAUUAUUCGCACGUGUGGUUUGCCGUAAUCCACGAGGAUCGUUAAUGACUCGCAAACGACCAGCGUUAGACACCGAGCAACUUCUACCAAGCGCAUCGAGCAAAAUGUUUUCGCGUGAUACUUCCACUAGUAGUGACCACAGACAAGACCAUGCACGAACGAUACAUCCUCUUGUAAGUUAUCUGCUGCCGCCAGAAACUUCAUUUUCGGAUCGUAAGCAAUACAGGUCUAUACUGCUAGCGAACGGAUUACACGCACUGUUGAUAGCUGACCCAACGGAUCAAUCAGUGGCUCAGCCUGAACAGGAACAGUAUGAAAUUGAUGGAAACAGGCUUCGUACCGCAAGUAGUUCUGCAUCAUCUGAUGUUGAAGAAUCGAAUGAGGCGGAUCAUGAUGAGCAGCCAAAAAGUGAAACGAGUUUUCGUACCGAAUCGGACGAUGAGAGCAGCAAUAGUGCUAAUGAAUCAAUAAUUAUAGAUGAAGUUGAAGGCGAAAAACUGGCUGCAGCCGCCCUGUGCGUUGGUGUUGGUUCAUUCAACGAUCCCCGUCACGUACAAGGUCUUGCGCACUUUCUGGAACAUAUGAUUUUUAUGGGAAGCAAAAAGUAUCCCCGGGAAAACGAAUACGAUUCGUACAUCAGUAAAUGUGGCGGCUUUGACAAUGCAGUAACGGAUUUGGAAGAAACAACAUUCUAUUUUGAAAUUGACGAAGCACAUUUAGACGGUGCUUUGGACCGUUUCGCCAGCCUUUUCACGGAACCACUUAUGUUGCGCGAUUCCGUUUGUCGUGAACGCGAUGCCGUAGAAAGUGAGUUUCAAACGAACAAAAAUCGCUUUUCUUCAGCCCGCGAACAGCUGGUAGCAUCGCUCGGUCGCGACGAUCAUCCGAUCAGUCUAUUUUCGUGGGGCAAUUUGGAAACGUUGAAAAAAAAUAUCACAGAUGACGAGUUGUAUACCGAACUACAUAACUUUCAACGCCGACACUAUUCUGCGCAUCGUAUGCAUUUUGCGGUGCAAGCACGGAUGAGCCUAGACGAACUUGAGGCUCUAACGGUGAAGUAUUUUUCGGCCAUUCCUUCGAACUGGCUUCCGGCGGAUAAUUUAUCAUCAAUGUUCAACGAAACAAACGCAUUUAGAAUGGAAUACUACAAUAAGCUUUAUGUGGUCAAGCCCAUUUCAGACGUGUGUCAACUGGAUAUAACCUGGUGUUUACCGCCUUGUGUAAAGGAUUACCAUGUAAAAGCAAUUGAUUACAUUUCGUAUGUUAUGGGCUUCGAGGGAAAACACAGUUUAACUAGCUACCUUCGCAAGAACUCGUUAGCUCUAGAUGUGCACACGGGUGCCAGUUCAGGAUUCGAGAAGAAUUCUCUUUACACGCUGUUCACCACUUCGAUAACUAUGACCGACCAUGGAUUGCAAAAUGUCGAGCAAAUUUUAAAAGCCGUUUACUCGUUCAUACGUUUACUAAAGUUCCAGGGACCUGUUGAAUGGAUUUUCAAAGAAUUGCAAGAACUGGAAGCAACGUCCUUUCGUUACCGUAAAGAAAAAGAAGCAAGUGAUAAUGUAGAAGAGUUGGUUGUUAACAUGCGAUACUACCCACCGGAACAUAUUAUCACUGGUUCGGAACUUUACUUCAAAUAUGAUCCUAGUGAAAUAUGGACAAUUAUCAACAACUUGAAUGAGCCAAAGUUUAAUCUUAUGAUAUCAUCUACAAAACCGUUUAGGAAUGUUACGUACAACCGUACAGAGACUUGGUUUGGAACUGAAUACGUAGAACUAGAUGUUCCAGAAGAAUGGCAGCAGUUGUGGGAAACAGCUGAACCUAUGCCAGAAAUACAACUACAGGAAAAAAAUCAAUACAUUUCGACUAACUUCAGUAUACUAGCGGAUGAAGACGAUUCAAUACAAGUGCCACUGUAUCCGGAGAAAAUAGUUGAAAAUGAUAUGUGUGAACUGUGGUUCCGCCAGGAUACCAAAUUCAGACUGCCUUUGGCGCUUAUGUAUUUCUAUAUUAUUUCUCCAUUGCCAUUCAACAAUCCAAGAAGCUCAGCUUUGGCAGGAUUCUUUAUAUCGAUGGUUAAAUUUCAAAUAGCAGAGGAACUGUACCCCGCCGAAGUAGCGGGUUUGAAUUAUGAGCUAUAUCCAGCUGAGAAGGGGCUGGUGCUAAAAAUUGAUGGAUACAAUGAAAAAUUGCCCAUCAUAGUGGAUGAGAUUUCGGCCACGAUGGGACGAUUUGCAGAAAUUUUCCGAGAAAGCGUAUUCGAUGUGAUUAAAGUAAAACUGGAGAAAGCAUACUACAACGAGCUGAUGAAGCCUAAUAAACUAAAUAGGGAUGUUCGUUUGAAGCUAGUGCAGUUGAACCACUGGACAACGUGGGAGAAAUUUGAGCAUAUGAAAAAUUUCACAGCCAGCGAUGUACGUCAAUUUGCAAAAGAUUUCUUCAAGGGCUUGAGAAUCCAAGCCCUUGUGCAGGGUAAUAUGCAUAAAGAGGGGGCUCAACAAGUGAUGUACAAAGUUUUGAACAAUUUUAACGGAUCUCCAAUUCAAGAUCUAAAAACCAUUGAAUCGAAGGCACGUGAAAUUCCUGUCGGUGAUAAUUAUCUGAGAGUUUCCAACUUCCGGGAACGGGAUGUAAAUACUGUAACUACAACUUUCUAUCAAGCAGGACCAGUUACACCAUUUUUACACGCCUGCCUAGAAUUACUAGUUUCGUUGUUGGAAGAACCACUGUUUGAUGUGUUGCGCACCAAAGAACAACUGGGCUAUGAUGUGUCAACUACGCUGCGCGAUAAUGCUGGAAUAUUGGGAUUUUCGAUAACGGUACAUUCGCAAGAAAACAAAUUCAGUUACCGUUACAUAGAUGAGCGAAUCGAAUUAUUCAAUAACCAUUUUGUGCAAGUGUUGAAUGAAAUGACCGAGAAAGAUUUUGAACUUGUGAAAACAUCCUUAAAGCACAGAAAACAGGUUGUUGAUACUGAGCUGAAAAAUGAAGCUUCUCGUCAUUGGGGAGAAAUCACAACGGAGGAGUACAUAUUCAACCGCAACAAGCUCGAAGUAGAGCAAAUCGAGAAAUUAUCAAAAGUGGACGUUUCGCAACUAUUUCAUCGUUUAGUGGUGGAUUCAGGCAGUAGAAGAAAACUUUGCGUACAGGUCGUUGGAAAAAAUGAAAAUCCUACUGAGGACAACGUAACAUUACCUACCAGCAAGAUGGAUACAUAUGAUGGUACGAAUUUUCAUCUAAAGUACAUUGAUUCUCAAGUUCAGUUAGAUGACAAUUGCCAGUAUAUAAAAGAUAUCGACACCUUCGCAGAGCAGCUAAAGGUGUACACAAUGGCAAAAAUAGACUUCAGUGUUGAAAAUUGAAGCUAAACCAGAUGUUUGCGAUGAUUUGUCGAACCUUCGUGUUGUGGCUUUAUUUAUUAUUUUGUUUUUGGUGCUUUUCGGCCUGUUGUCGACGGUGUUGAAGGAUAAAAUUAUUGAAGUUAAUCUCUUCAGCUUCAUCGUCCCCUAUGGAAUAUGUAUCAAAUAAAAAAAAAGGUUAAAUACAAAUUACUGAUCGUAAAA